AUGUCUGAACGGAAAUCUGAAGAGACUGCGGAUAAAAAUCCCAAAAAAGAAGAAGGAGGCGACAACGGAGAUAGUUUGGCUAGUGGUUUUGGGCUGUUUGGAGCAUCUGCUUCUUCAUGGCUUAAUCAAGGUUCAUCAUGGGGUGCGUCAUUCUUAAAUAAUGCAAAAGAAAAGACUAUGACAACAUUGGAUUUGGUGAAGAAAGAUUUAAAUGAUCUUAGCCAAGCUGUGACGGCCGAAGUAAAUGAUCUCGCAUCUGCUGCGAAAGAAGGUCUUGGUACUGCUGCCAAUGUGGUUAAACAACAAGCUCAAACCAUCGAAAGUCUCUUGACCCCCGUAGAAGAAGAAAAACCUGUGCCAGGAGAAGCUGAAGGAAAUGCGCCGGAAGUGAAACCCGAAGAGCACAAGUCGCCGUUCGGGUGGAUGACGAAAAUCGUGGAUACUGUUUCAGACACUGUUAAAAAUCUUGCAAUGGAGGAAACUACUGAGGGAGAAGAGCAGUACACAGAAACAAUUAAACCUAAACAGGUCCGGAAGAUCUGCAUUUCACAAAUCAAGCUGUCUGAAAUUCAAACCAAUCUGGACACGUAUCUAAUUGAACCUAAGAAAAGCGAAUUUUAUGAACGCUGGCUGUCAAAGUUCAGACUUGAUGAAUAUGAUGGCGAAAUCAAUAUUCUUUUGGCCAACAAUCCAGCUCUGCGGCAAAUUUUCGCUAAAAUUGUUCCAUCUCAAAUUUCUCAUGACACAUUCUGGCUCCGCUAUUUCUUCGCUAUCGAAGUUGCCGAACUUGAAGCGGAAAUGAACAAUUCGACUUUGUCAGAAGCUUUAAAUAUUGACACUUCGGUCAAGAAAGAAAAAAAAGUUGCGGAAGAAGUUUCGAAGAAAUCAUCUCCGUCAUCUGAUGGAUCAGCUGUUGUCGUUGAAGAACCGACUAGUCCUUCACAAAUGAGUGGACCAGGAUUCGUUGGCAUCAAAUUUUGCCCGGAAUGCAAUAACAUGUUAUAUCCAAGGGAGAAUAAAGAAGAACGAGUUUUAAUGUAUAUGUGCAGAAAUUGUGAACACAAAGAGCUGUCGGAUAAUCCGUGCAUUUAUGUGAACAAGUUGGUUCAUGAAAUUGACGAAUUGACACAAAUUGUUGCUGAUAUUAUUCACGAUCCGACACUUCCGAAAACUGAAGAUCAUCCUUGUCCGAAAUGCGGCGGAACUCUGGCAGUAUUUUUCCAGGCGCAAACCAAAAAAGCUGAGGAGGAAAUGCGACUUUAUUAUGUAUGCGCUGUUCCCGGCUGCCAGCAUCGAUGGACUGAAUAA